UUAAUCAUUGAACAUAAAUUAUCUCUCCUUAAACUUUUCUCUCAAAAAAUUUUAAUCAAAUGUAUCAGCUGACGUUACCCUUGUGACUUUUGCGUCACAACAUUACAACUGAUGUCCAAAAAUCCAUUUGUGCUUUUGUGUUCUUUAGUGAUUUGAAGCCUUAACGACUACUUUUCUUUGCAAUAGGAAUAUUUUAAGUGUUAAGUUUUAGAAUUUUCGUAGUGAAACUUGCAGUUCACAUCUUUAUUAGCUGCUUUUUUCAUUCACAAGUUGUGGAUAUCCUCACCGAGUUGCAUGUGUGUGAACUAGCAUAGUGGACUAUUUUGUGUAUUUAAGAAAAAUAUUGAGAUUAAGAUGAAAUUGAUACCGUCUGUAGUCCUUUGCUUCGUACUUUUCGCAUCCGGUGUGCUUUCAAUUUCUGGGACAGAUGAAGGAGAGAAAGAUGAGCCCACAACUUCUUCUGUAGUUCCCACAACGACGCCCGAUGUCCCCACAACGACGCCCGAUGUCCCCACAACGACGCCUGAUGUCCCCACAACGACGCCCGAUGUCCCCACGACGACGCCCGAUGUCCCCACGACGACGCCCGAUGUCCCCACGACGACGCCCGAUGUCCCCACGUCGACGCCCGAUGUCCCCACGACGACGCCUGAUGUUCCCACAACAACGUCUGAAGCGCCUACAACAUCAGCACCAAAACCUCCACCAACAUCCAAAGGAUCUUGGAAUGUUACUGAGGGAAAUGUAACUUGUAUUAAAGCGGAACUUGAAGUUUUGUUCAAAAUUAAUAUUAAUGGAGAGGAAAAUUACAUUGCUUUAUCUCCCAAUGCAACUUCUGCAGGCAACUGCAUGGUCACAAACAAUACUCAGGCAUUGACUUUGUCUGAACCUGGUUCUUUGACUAUACUCCCAGUGUAUGAACUUACAUUUGUUUUUGAAAAGGAUUCUGGUAAAGCCGCUGUCAGUAAUAUUAGUUUGACCUACAACUUGCCUGAACAUGGAGAUACCGCUCGUAGUGAUGAGAAAUUAUUUUCUGUGUCACUUGGUAAUUCUUAUCUAUGCAAAUCCACAGAUGAUGUUAAACUUGCCCCAAAUGUUACAAUGGAAAUUAAAUACAUCCACAUUCAAGCUUUUAGAGAGGAUCAUGAGGAUAAGUUUGGUUCUGCUGAAUCAUGCAAGGCAGAUGACAAAGUUGGAGAUGCUGUGCCCAUUGCUGUAGGCUGUGCCUUGGUUGCUCUGAUUGUUAUUGUUUUAAUCGCUUAUCUUGUGGGACGCCGAAGAAGUCGCCAAAGAGGAUACCAAUCGGUCUGAGUGUGCUAGGAUUUUGUUAGACUAAAAUCUUUCAACUUUCAUGUUAUUUUAUGCCAAGCACAACUUGGAUGUGUGAUGCCCGACACGGGAGUGCUGAUGUGAUCAGAAAGUUUGGACUAUUUUCACAGAAAAUGACUCCGUGCAUAGCGUCUAUUUUCAGCAUAAAACUUGCGUGUAAAAAUUUGUAGGGACCAGGCCCUUUCUUCUAGAUUUUUUUUUUUUUUUUUGGAAGCGAUCUGAAAGAAUUCCUGUACUUGAAAUUCUGAUAUUUUGAUUACAGUCCAAUGUUUUAAAUCUUUUUACAAAAACUAAUAAAUUCUUAAGUUUUAGGCUUUUAAUAUUUGAAUUUUGCCAAAGUUUCUUUUUAUUCAAAUAUUGUUUUCAAGUUUUGUAAAUGUAACAUUUCUGUCAUUGAACUUUAGUGUGUUGUACAUUUUAAUUCAUAAAAUGUAUGUAUGCCUUAAAUAAAAUCCAUAUCUUAA